AUGCGCAUGCGCAAAGGGAGUAUCAUCGAUGGGCCUAUAUAACUGUGAAAACUGGUUGCAGCCAUCUUCAAGUGAUAGAGAUGGAUCUUGGGAGCGAAAUAAGCCAUAAAUUUAAGGCAUCAAUCAAACGAAAACUGAAAGAAUGUGGGACAUAUAUUGAUGAUGAACUUCCAGAGUAUAUCAUGGUGAUGAUUGCCAACAAAAGGAAGAGUCAACAGAUGGUAGAUGAUUUGUCCCUUUUUCUUGGUGAAGAAACUGAUGGCUUUGUGAAAUGGCUAUUUCAGACACUUGGAAAGCUACAAAGUGCUGCUCAAGAUGCUGUAGAAGAUGAUCAUAUUAAAGAAUCAGAAACAAGAGAAAGCUGCGAGGCAGAACCAGACCACGGCAUUGAGAACACGGCCCAGGUAGAUCAAACAGGCAAAGAAGUGAAAGAAAAUAUAAACGAAGGGGAAAAACCAAGCAUUGAUAGAAAGGAGAAAUCAAGAAAGGAUAAAAGCAGGGAAGAUAAUGAUGGGAAACGAAAAGAAGCAGAAAAAGAGAAAAAUGAUGAAAGUAUUGAAAUAGAGACAAAAAGUGACAAUAAAGUUAUAGCAGAAAAAAUACAUGAAGAUACACGAUCUGAAGUGAGAAAGAGGAGACAGGAUUUCGUUUUGUCAAGAAAAACUAGUGAAUCAGUCACUGGCAAAAAGGAUAGAAAUGAGGAAAACAAAAAGGAUUCUACCAAGAAACGAAGAUUGUCUUCUUCAAAAACUGAAGCGAUUGACAAAAUUGCUGCAGAAAAGGAUAAUUCUGAUCAUGGUCAUGCAGAAUCUUUGCAGAGUGCGGUGGCAAUGCAAAAAAUAAGGCCUAGCCUCCCACGCUCCCGUCAAGCAACUGGGUUGCUUGUAAAGAAAGCAAUUAAAGAAGCGAACCAGUCAGUUACAGUGAAACCUCGGAAACAGUCAGCCAGUGAAGGUCAGCUUGAGGUUGCGGCAUCAAGUGCAGAAAAUAAAGUGGAGCGAAGGGUGCACCUAAAGCGAGGAAGAAGUAACGUUAGUGAAAGUGAACCCUUAGAAGAAAAGGAGGAAGAUGUCGAAGCUGACUUUGAAAACGAAGAAUCUGUUGGAAAAAAGAAAAAGACUGGUGAACCUGACAAACACCAGGAAGAUGGAAUCGAAGUAGAAGUUGUCGAAAAUGAGUUUCUUGAAGAGGAGAAAGAGCCAAAAUUAAAAUUCAAAAAGAGGAUUGUAAUUGCAAAUAGAGGAUCCGAGGAUGAAGAUGACAACGGCGAUAAGAUAGUUGAAGCAGAAACGAACAAAGAACAGGAAAAAGAGAAUUGUCUUGGUCAAUCGGAAGGUUCGUUGAAUUCUGAAAAUGUUAAAGAAGAUGUCAAAUGUGAUGAUGACCACAGGAGAGAAAAAUUGGAUUUGGAAACAAAGCGAGAAAGAAGGAAAAAGAGACAUAGAAGGGACAGGUCCACUCACAGCAAAGAAAGAAGAAGAGGCAGUCCAAAGUUUGUAGUUACAUUACAUGGAGCACUUGACAGUCGUAUCAAAGCACAGAGGAAGAGAAAGCACUAUUUAUCGAAAGACGACUAUGAUCACCCAAUGUUUGUUGAUUUGCACCCGAAGGAGCCUCUCGAGAUUUUGGAGUCGGCACAAAAAGAAAUCGAAAAAAUGGCACAUCAGCUUGACUUGAUGCAAAAUAUUGCACCAACUAGUAUGAAUGACCCUUUUAAUACUUUAUUGCCAGGACCAACAACUUUGCCAGCUUUGUCUAGUGUUUUAACAUCGGUGACGAGACCUAUUUUCCAAGAAGCCUUGCCUGUCUUGCCGGGUAAUAACGGACUUAUGUUAAGCAGUGUUAACCCAACUCAACAGGUUUUUACAGGGGUACUUCCAUUACAGACACCAGUGAUGAUGGUUCCAAAACCACAAGAAGAACCCGUUUUUGCAGGAAAUAAGCAAUUAGGGAGAGAAAUAGUUAUUCCCUUGCAUGAUGAAAAAGAUGAACUUAUGUAUGAAGAUGAUGAAGGUGAUGACAAUAACAGCCCCACUGAAGAAGAGCAACCUGAAACAAUUCUAGAGCGCUGUAAAUUUUGGCCUAAUUGUAAAAAUGCUUCAUGUUUAUACGUCCACCCAUCCAAACCGUGCAGAACGUUUCCGAAUUGCAAUUUUAAAGAAAAAUGUAUUUUUGUUCAUCCGAUGUGCAAGUUUGAUGGCAGGUGCUCCAACUCAUCUUGUCCAUACAACCAUUCAUUAAAAUCAAGUCCCUUUCUACAAUAUUCUUCUAAAGCGUUUGGACGAGAAGCGGCAAUUGAUUCCAAGCCUCCGAAACCCAUUUGUAAAUUUGUCCCGAAUUGCACAAGAAGCAAUUGUCCUUUUCGUCAUCCUAUUUCAAAGCCAUGCCGCUAUGGCUCUGGUUGCAAAAGGAUAAACUGUCCAUUUCAUCAUGAGACUAGACCUGCCAAAAAAGAAGAUUUGAAAUGGAGUAGUACUGCUCGUUCGACAGAAAAGCACAUCAGCGAAAGAAUAUUUGCUGCAGGUGAUGGAGAUGUUACCGAAGCACCAGUUUCGCUCACCGCUCAAUAAGACGAUAAGUUUGCUUUAGACUUAGAACAUUUUUUGCAUGAUUUUAUAUCACUAUCCGUUCUUAUUAGAGUGCAUGCUUUAAUGAUCUGUUGUCAGACCCUUUUCUUGCGAAGGAACCAAUUGAUAUUAUUGUUGAAACAUA